AUGUCCGCCGUGGAAGCCCAUGUACAGCAGCUCACGGUGACGGAGCUGCCCUCCUCACUGGCUUCGAUCCUGGCCCGAUUUCCCAACCUGAGGCCCGCCAAGAAGGCCCCGAAUGAGCCGAGGACCCCUUCAAAGGGGUACGGCGUACAAUCCACCCAGCGCCAAGCCCUGGCGCAGGGCCUCGUCCUGCUCAUGCAGCGAGCGUCCGACCUGGACACCCCAGACCUCACCCAGCUGUGCCGCAGCGCCCUCCACCAGACUUUUCAGCGGGAGCCGUGGAUGUGGUCCCUGCUCCUGCAGCGGCACGCCGACCUGGUGCUGGCGCACGCCGGCGCUGCCAGACUGCUGGCGGGCGUGCUUUCCUCCCUGCCGGACGCCAUGCAGGCCAGGGCCCUGGAGUCGCUGGCGGGGCACCUCCAGGCAGCAGCGACAGCGACGGCUGCGGCCACGGGAGCGUCCGCACGGGAUGGCCUGGAACCCUUCCUGGCGCUCGCCCUGAAUGUCCUCGAGGCUGGGUUCCCGGGAGGCUUGAAGGGCGGCGGGAGGGGGGAGGCUGAAGAGGCCCAAGAUCCUACACAGGACACAACUCAGCCCCCCGACUUCCGCCCCAGCCCCGCCUCCGCGCCCGCCCUCCGCCUGAUCCUCGUGGCCGGGACGGCCACGACCAGCCUGGGACGCCGGCGGGCAAUCCGGGCGCUCGCCGCGCAGCUGUCCUGUGCCGCCACGGUCGUGCGCAUCGUCGGCGCCUGGGGUGAGGGCCGGGCAGCGCAGCGGGCGCGGCGCAUCCAGGCCCUGGCCCUGCUGCUGGCGGGGGACUGCGCGGGCCGCGCUUUCCAGCCGGUCACGGAGGAGGCAGGGGCUGUGCAGGGUGCCAGGACCUCGCUGGCCGCGCUUUCCACCCUCCUGGCGGUGCACUGGGAGCUGGCGCAGUACCUCGCCGCGCUAGGCAGCCGGAGCUCCGACGUGGUCGACUGGCCGCCCCCGCUGCGAGCACAGAUCUUGCGGCUGCUCCUGGACCCAGACGGCGUCGGGGGCCGCCAGGGGCCCCGCAUCGGCCUGGCGCCACCGCUGCUGGCCCAUGCGCUUGGCCUCGUGGCUCAGGGCCCCCUUGCGACCGGUGGAGACCACGCUGCGCAUGCUGAGGCCCUGCGCCUCGUCUGGCUGGGGCACUGCGCCUGCAUCCAGGCGAGCCCGCCCUCCCCGGGCCGGAGUGGAGCCUCCGGCGAGCAGCCGGACUCCGACUCCGGGUCUCUCCCGCCGGCGCGGGUGCUGAUGCGCCCCACCCCCGACAUGGGCGAGGAGGAGCGGGAGGCCAUGUGGGCGGCCUACAUCGCCGACAAGGAGUCCAUGCUGGACCUGCUGGGGACCAGCGUGGCCGCGCCGUGGCAGGGCGCCGGCGCCGCCUGCCUGGGCCUGGCCCUGUGCACGCUGCGCGCCUGUGACGGCGCGGGGGAGGUCUAUGCCGGGGACAAGGUUGGGGCUGCGAAUGGACCCCUGGCCUGGGUCCAGGCCCUGCUGCCCCCACUCGAGGGAAGUGAUGCCGUGGCGCUGGGGGUGCAGGCCGCGCUGGGCCUGCUGGGCUUCCAGAGCCGCAAUUGCUGGACGGCCGCCAUGCAGGGGGCCUCCAGUUGCCCGCUGGGCAUGGUGGGGCUGACCCUGGCCCUGCACCUCCACGAGCUGGUCACGCGACGUGCACGCUGGGCCGCGCCGGUGUGGCUGGAAGCUGUGCUGAAGCUGCUCUGCUGGCUGAUGCCACUGGCGCGACAGGAGGCGAAGCAGGCUGCUCUCGCGGAGCGGGUGGCUCGCUAUGCGCCGCUGGCGCUGCUACCAGACAUCCUACGAGAGGUCCUGAGUAGCAGCCGCCUGGGCCCAUCCAAUCUCACCCCAUCAUCCGCUACUGCCCUCCUGGACCUGGAACCGACCCCGGGCAGAGCCCCAGAGCUGGCGGACAAGGCUGUGACAGUCUGGGCAUCACUGGCCUGGCUCGCCUUCCAUGCUGCAGGGCAUGCAGACUGCACGGAGGACCCCUUGCCGGACUGGGUGGUGGAAGAGGCACUCGACCACCCUGUGGUGGGGGUCCGGGGCGACACCCUCCGCGCUGCCCUGGAUUGGCUGUUCCGCCGCCUGGCGGCGGCGGCUGCGGGAUGGACGGGGAUCGCAAUCUUCGCGACGCCCGCAGACCCACAGACGGCGGACGACGCGGCAGCGACACCAGCUACGACGGCUUUGGCCCUGCUGCCGGUGUGGGACGUGGCGGCCACCUGUGCGUGCGAGCCGGCGGGUCGCCCCAUCGUGCCCGGCGCUGCCCCGCCGGCCUCGCUGGUGAGUGGCGCCCUGGACCUGAUGGCAGCCUGCCUCGCCUGCGCCCGCCGGCCGCUCGCCCGCCUGGCUGCCGAGCUGGAUGCGCUGACCUGCGCUCAUGCGGGGCGGGGAAGCCGGGACCCGCGCGCCGCCACCCCGCCCCACGCUGCGCACGCUGCGGCGGAGGUCCUGGCCCUGAGCCUGGAGCUGGCCGGCAGGGUGGGGGGGUGCGUCGCGGUACACGAAGCGGCGGCGCUCGAGGCGCGACGCCUGCUGGAAGAGGUGAUGGGGCUGCAGGCGGCCUGCGCCGAGCUCCUCCGCACCUGCCCCGAGGCCUGCGUGGCGGCGCUGGCCUCCACCGCCGACGCGGCGCCCCGCCUCUUCGACCCUGGGGAGCCGGGCGGCGCGGACGGCGCGGAUGCCAGCCCCGCGCUGGCCAGGGUGACUAACCCUUAUUUGAAGGCCGUGCUGUGUGAGGAGGGGGGCGAGUGCGUGGGCGAGGGGGAGCUGUCCGACCUUGAGGACUUUAUCGUCGCCAACCCGGAGCGAGACUAUGGCUCCUUCAUCGGGGCCCAUUUCCCCCGGCCGCACGAGAGCGAAAGCGAGGAGGGCAGCGGGGAGGGUGCCGCCCCACCACAGGACCAUGACUGA